AUGAAUCAAUUUAAAAUAUUUCAAAAAUAUAAUAAAUGGUUGAUCAAAUAUCCAUAUCGUACUAAUGCAUUAACUACAGGUGCGUUAUUUGGUGUUGGAGAUAUAAUUGCCCAGGAAUUAUUUCCAGAAAAAAGUGAACAGAGCUCGAUCGAACAAUUUGAUUUGACUCGUACACUUCGUGCUACAACAUAUGGUACCGUGAUAUUUUCAGUAAUUGGUGAUAGAUGGUAUAAGGUAUUAAAUGGUAUAAACAUACCGUCGAAUUAUUAUAUACUGAAACGGUCAAAGAUUGCUACAUUGGUAUUACGAGUAGGUAUAGAUCAACUUAUAUUUGCACCUUUUGGUCUUAUAUUAUAUUAUGGGUCUAUGUCUGUAAUGAGUGGUGGAACAUUACAAGCAGUCCGCGAAAAACUUAGAUUACAAUGGUGGCCUACAUUAUGUGCAAAUUGGGUAGUUUGGCCCGUAGUGCAAUUUAUAAAUUUUUCAUUGGUACCUGUUCACUAUAGAUUGUUAUGUGUCAACAGCGUAGCAUUGUUAUGGAACACGUUUCUCUCUAUGCGUAAUGCACAAUGA